UCUCCACACACACCACAGAGAGAACACAAACUUUAACUGGAUCAUAUUAUAUUGAUAUUUUGUAGCAGUAUAUAUCAUCAGGUAUCAUGUCUAUCGUCGUGUAUUUCAGCAGCGUGAGCGGAUCCAGAGAGCUAAAGCAGCAGCAGAGCCAGAUCUUCUCCUUCCUGGACUCUAAGAAGAUCAAAUACCAGGCGGUGGACAUCACCCAGGGGUCAGAGGUCAAAGAGGAGAUGAGGAAGAAGACAGGAAACCCCACUUCUCUGCCCCCACAGGUCUUCAACAAGGACGUCUACUGCGGGCUGCGUCUCUUGUGUGUGGCCACCCAGUAUGGUGAUGCGGAGAGCGUGAGUUACCUCCUCCAUGAGGCCCGUGUGCCCCUGCCCCUGGAGCCGUCGGAGGGAAACCCUGCCAUCCUGGCUGCACACUAUGGACAUGUCAGUCUGGUCAGAGAGCUGCUCGACUCACUACCAGGUCCGUGUGUCCACAGAGAUCUGCUGAACUGGAUGUUGGUGUCGGCGUGCCAACAGGGUCACCUGGAGGUGGUUAGAAUGUUGGUGCAGGGUUACCAUGCCGACGUUGAGGACUGUGCCAUCCACCAGGAGGAGUUUGCUGUCAUCACGGGGCUGCCUCUCUACGCUGCUGCACGCGCAGGUAAUGAGGAGAUAGCUAGAUUCCUGCUGCAGAAUGGCGCUGGCCUGUCCUCCUACACCCUGAUGGAUUAUCCAGCCUUCAGCAGACUGCUCGUUGAACAACGACUGUUAGAAGAAGCAGACACACACACAGAACCAGCGGGAGAAAAGCUACUAUGUGGCCGUUGGUCAGUCUGAAGCUGCCGUGGUUGGAGCUGGACUGGUUCAUGGACGUGUCGUCCCGUAUCUCCCACCUGGACCUGUCGUGUAACAGCCUCAGCUCCCUGCCUCCGUGGUUCCCUGGGGGCUCAUACAGCUCCGGACCCUAGACCUCUCCAACAACCUGUUCAAAGAGCUGCACACAGCACAGAGCUCACAGGAGAUCAUCUGUUCCAGACUUCGCCAGGUGAAUCUGUCUCAGAAUGAGUUGACCAGCCUGCCGUCCGGACUGCUCCAUCUCACCAGAGUCCAGAGGCUCUCUGCUGCUAAGAACAAGCUCACCUCCCUAUUUGACAUUCCUAAUGGUACUAACUGGAUCGGUCUGCGUAAGCUGGAGGAGCUGGAUGUGUCUGACAACUGUCUGACCAGUCUUCCCUCUGCUGUUCUUCACUCUUUCAAAUCCCUCACUUCCCUCAAAGUCUGCCGGAACAGACUCACCAGCUUCCCUGACCCCUGGGCCUGC